UUAAAAACGAAUAUUGGUCAAGUAAACUUUUGUGUUGUUUCACGCCUUCAGUCACCCAGUAAAUUGUACUUCACGUCUCAAGAUGGGUAAAAAACGGGGAAUAAAACCUGGGCCGUCUUCUAGGAAACCCAAAGUCUUGAAUCGCGCAGACGGUAAAAUGAAGAAAUGGGACAAACUCUCGGACAUACCCAUGGACGAAGAGGACCAAUUUCAUGCUUCCAGAGAUAAAAUUCUUAUGGCCGGUGAUGAGGGAGAGGACGAUGAUGGCGAGGACGACGAAGUUUUCGCUUUGAACAGAGUAUCAGACGAAGACGAAGACGAAUAUGGAAUAGAUGUCGACGAAGAUAUGGAUGAGGAUGGUAUGGACUACAAGGAGACCCAUAACUCGAAAACUGCCGUCAAGUCAAAGAAAAAUAAAUCCAAAGGGAAAGGAAAAAUGCUAUCCUCUGAAUCCUCUGAAUCUGAAGAGUCCGAAGAGGAAGAGUCGUGGGGAAGAUCAAAAUCCGCGUACUAUUCUUCCAAUGCUGCCCAGCUGGAAUCCGAUGAUGAGGAAGGAAACGAACUAGAAGAGCAGGAGGCCAGGCGCUUACAGGCGAAGAUGCGCCAGGACAUGACCGACGAUGACUUUGGGCUGAACGACCCGAUAGACUUGACAAAGGAUGCGGAGAAUAAUGAUGCACUAGCUGAACCGCGACCUCCGGCGGUACAGCAAUUGCCUUUAAACAAUGCCUCACUCAUCCGGCACUUUGAGCGCACAGACCCAGAGAGUCUUGCUCUUGCCCGAGACUGGACAGAUACGGCCCAAAACCUUAUCAAAACUAAAGAGAAGAUUACUCGGACCGAAAGUAAGACGCCUGACGCGCUGAGUCUUGGAAUGUUGCAUCUCCAUUAUCAGGUCCUUUUGACCUACGCCAGCACACUCGCAUUCUACAUUCACUUACGAGCGAAGGAAAAAUACGCUCGACACCCAGAAUUGCUCAAGACCCAUCCGAUGAUGUCACGUCUAUUGACGUUAAAACAAUCCCUCAUCACGCUUGAAGACCUUGACUUCGACGACGCCGAUCUCGAAAGUGAUUCCGAUUUAGACGACCUGGACGACGAUAUCAUGCUAGAUGCUGAAAAGUCAUGGAGACGGGGCCGGCACCCUCAGCUGGACAGCGAGUUGGCGGAACUCUUGAUGGAGGCAAAUUUAGACCAUUCUACAGAUCUUCCUCCUCUAACGAUCAAACCGUUACAAGUGCCAGCUUUGUCAUCGGAAAGCGGAUCUCGUCCCAAGAAAAAACGGAAAACGACGAAAUCCAUGUCCCUUCAGGAUGACGACCCUGUAUUUGAUCUUGUCGAGCCCGAGUUUACUUCAACUCAGACCUCUUCAUCCAAACAGCACGUCGAUGAGAUUGAUGCAUUCGGUGAAGUGACUGCAUUACAACAUGUAGAUGCUGCCGACAAAAGCGCGCAUAGGAAGAGUUUGCGGUUCCACACCUCCAAGAUUGAGAGCACAAGCUCGCGGAGGAAGAGUGCGAGAAGCAAUACGCUUGGAGGGGACGACGAUAUUCCUUAUCGCGAGCGUAAGAAGGAGAAGGAAAAGCGGACGGUUGAGGAGGCUCAAGCGAGACUUUCGAAGCAAGGUGGAGAGGAUCUGGACGGCAUCGAUCCAGAGCCUAAGCGUGCUAUGGAUAUGGACGUUGACGAGCCAGAAGCAGAGGAUGCCGAUGGUUACUAUGAACUGGUAAAGAAACAAGCCCAAGAUAAAAAGGAGAAAAGGAAAGCCUCGCACGAGGCACGAACGGCUCGUAUCGAUUAUGACGAAGAAGAAGCAACGGGGCCGCGGUCACUCACGCGUGCCAUUCUUAAGAACAAGGGCCUUACUCCUCAUCGUCCAAAGAGCGUGCGUAACCCACGAGUCAAGAAGCGGCAGAAGUUCGACAAGGCGAAGAAGAAAAUCGCAUCCCAAAAGGCUGUCUACAAGGGUGGUGCUUCUGAUCGGUAUGAUGGCGAGAGAUCGGGCAUUUCGAAGGUUGUCAAAUCAGUGCGUUUGAGUUGAGGACAUGAGUAUGUACGCAUCCUGUGUGAGAUCCUGUGCAGUACUUUAGUCACAUUUGCCCGACCUCUUCUGUCGAUAUCAGCACACUCCUUUUUUGGCUUGUUUUUUGCCUUCAAGCGGCGAUUCUGGAAUACAGUCGCCUCCCU